AUGCAUGAAAAUGGAUGCACAGACCCAGUUUCCGGACUUUCUGGGCAUUCCGCUGGCCGCCCAGUGGAAUUAUACCCAGCAUGUCACUCUGGAGGACCUCAAAAUGGACUCGAACAUGGUGAGACUCUGCGAAUAGAUGCGUCUCCUGACCAGCGACAUGGUGACACACUCAUGGCUUUACUUUUGCAGGUGUGGCUGCUCUGCUCUCUGCUCUCGUCCAUCUCCUGGGUGAUCUACAUCACGUUCUACAACUCCCGCGUGGUGGGCUACUUCGUCACGAAGAUGGGCAACAGGCUGUACAUCAAGGACGCCUACUUCCGGAUUGGUUCUCUCACGCUCAAUCCUCUCGCUGGCAAGAUCAUGUUCCGCGAUCUCGUUUACAUCUGCUUCGACUACACAAUCCGCAUCCAGGAUGGCUACUUUAUAUUUCGGUGGUGGCGAGCUUACGUGCCCAAGGACGUCUCAGAGGAUCUCUCGCACUCGGACACGCGCCUCUCUGUCAUGCUCAACGGCCUGGAGCUUCACGUGUACAAUCGCUGCGACCUCUACUCAAAGCUGGAGAAGACAUUCGGCCUCAAACCCACCAUCCUUAUUCCGACGGAAAAUAUGUCGAGUGAUGAAGCGAGCCGAAUCAAUGAGCAGGCAAUGAAUGUACACAAGCUAACGACUGAUAGUGGAGACGGAGUCGAGGAGGAGCAGCAAAACAGUGCGAAGGAGAAGCAGAAGAAACCCCGGCCAGAGGCUAUGACAGCGACAACUUGGCGAGACUUGAUACCUGUGAUCAAGAUUGAUAUAUGCUCUGGCCGUUUUGUGUUUGGCAAUCGCCUCACGCCCACCACGCUUUCUAUCUGCGUGGAGGAAGCUCACUGUGUGUACAGCACGAAGCCAGCGGUGUCCAGACUGGAUCACUUCAUGCACUUUGUCAAGGCGAAAGCGGAGAAUGCAAAGGUCUUGCUCGCGCCCAGUCCCAAAUACACGGGCCUCGUGGACGAGCCUCCGCGAUACAUGGGUGAAGGCUUUGUCGUCAUGAUGUCGAACUUGCUGGAGCUCUACUUCUACAUGGAUGAGGCGGGAGUGGUGCCUGAGCAGCCGGUGUUACUCACGCUGGCGAAUGGGGAUGUAGUCGAGGCGGCACCGCCGAUGUGGGGCAUCGAUAUAAAGUGUGGCAAAGGGACGGAUUUCAGCUAUGGUCCCUGGGCUGACCGGCAGAGGGAUCACCUGUUCAAGUUCUUCUUCCCGCCAGACUACCAGACAAUGGUGGUGACUCAGCCGCCGAAGCCAGGCGAUCGACGUCAGUAUCAAACGUUUGAGGUCAGCCUGAGCACUCUUGAUCGAGCGACCAUUGAUAUCCUCUUCUCGAAAAACAAAGAGACGAACGCUGUACAUGUGAUAACUGGACCGGGAUCAUAUCUGGAAGUCACUCUGCCGUGGAUCAAUCUGCAGGAUGGCUUCACGACAAAAAUCACCGGACAAUUGCUGCACGUUGAAGCCACCACGAGUCUUCAGUAUCGAAGCUUGGGCGAGUGUGAGACUCUGCAGUUCAAUAUAAAAGUUCAUUAUCCGCUGCGAUGGAAUGACCACCAGGAGUGGAUCAUCAACUUGACUGGGUCGAAGGCCACAGCCUAUGUUGUGUACUCCCACAAGGAUUUCUUCCAGGACCUCAUUGAGGACUGGACAUCGAAGUCACGGCCUGACAUUUUAUACUUUGUCCCCUACACAUGGAAGUUCUGCAUUCUUCUGAAGGAGUUUGAGAUCAUCACGCUCAGCAAUGAGUACAACUGGAUUGAUUGCUCCAGUACUAAUCAGGAGAAUCAUCAUCUCGCCUUCUGUGGUGAUCUCUUCGACUUGAGCUUCAAUUUGCCAUUCGAUGACUUCCUGCCACAGACAGUUCCUCUCAAGUUCUGGAUCCAUGGCGAGGGCCUGGACUUGAGCAUGUAUCUGCCUGAAGUGUCUACGAGUAGACCAAUCCUUAUUGGGUUGGAUGAGAAUGCUAGGAUUCUCACGCGUGACGGACAUGUGAAGAAGCGAGCGGAAUUGCUGUCGAAGAAGUGGCGGAGAAUUUGCCUGAGAAAUACGGGAUGGAUCGACUGUUGGACGGUACCUAUUGUCGCUUUGGCCAUUCAGUACAUUUACCAUCCAAUUCCACCGCUUGGCCCAGAUCCACAAGCUGAUAUCACGACUCCUGAAAAGGAGGAGAUCCUGUUGAGUCCUAUGCGCAUACCGAAAUUGCGAAAAUCUCCUGUGAUCACAUGGACUCAGAGUGAUCAGCGCUUCGAUCCAACCACGCUUCCUCCAGACAAAGUGACAGUUGAACUAGAGAUUGGUUCGUCAGUGUUGUUUGCCUACGGCGCAGUCCUCAGAAAUUUCAUCCACUUGAAGGAGAAUAUUUUUGGAGAGGAUCAAGCUUUUACCGACAUGGAGACGUCUAACAUAAAAGUGUCAAAUCCAUCUCAAAGUGCAGGUCUGACAAAGGCCACUCUUAUUGCCAAGGAUGAUCAGGCAAAGUCUGUGUCAGAGAUGAGCGUGGGAACAGAAGAGAAGCCGAAGAGGUUUGAUCCACGACUCUUUCGACCAUUUGAGGUCACUGUUACCGUUACAAUUCACGAUAUCCAGGCGCAUCUGAUCAAAAAUUGCACAGAAAAUGAUCCUCCGUGCCCGAUAAUUUUGAUUGAGAGACUCGGAUUUGAAAUGACAAAGAAUUUCACAGAAACGCAACUUCAAGUGCUCGUCAGUCCAUCUUUCCUGAUCAUUCCCGACAAUAUGCCGCGCACUGCCAAGGAUAAGCACCUAAAGCAAGGCCAUCUUUUGCUCUCAGCGGUGCAAGUGCGUGGCCAUGCGAUGUUCAGCAAUGAGGGCAGAUCACUGGACGAGGAUACGCUGGAAUAUGGCUGGUUGCUUGAAGUGCAACUGGGUAAAUUGUCUGGGAAACUGACACCACAGCAAUUGUGUCAUCUCGUGACGGGCCUCGAGACAUUCCUAAUGCUUGUGAUGGACUCUGAAAAUCAGCUGAGACCAUCGAAGAAUCUCCGGUAUUGUCAUCACGGAGUCCCAUCGAAUCUAUGUCCCCACUCUAAGGAAGACACUCGCUAUCGCUGUCCAUCGUGUGAAGAUAUCAAGUAUAGAAUGACGAGAGUGGCGAUUGACGCUCUGGAUAUCUAUUUGGUAGAGGGAGGAACAGCUCUCCAUACUUGGAUAUCUCCAGUGAGGAUUUCUACGUGUAAUCUUCAUGGUCAGCAGGUGAAAUCUGGCAUCACUGGUCUUCUGUCGACUGUUCUUCUGCGACAGUUUGUCUCGACUGGUGGGCAUUUCAAUCAUACCAAUGGAAAUUCUCACAGCAACACAAACACAACGGGAAGUGGAAGAUCAACUAAGCUCCAGACUCACUACCAAUUGCAUCCUGGCAAGGAGGGAGACAAGAAGGAGGAUAUAAAUGCGCUGUUCAAGCGUGAGGAUCACAUAAAGGGCAAAAAGGAGGGUGAACAUGGAAUUCAUAGAAAAGAAUCCAAGGAAAAGGACGAUUCCUACUCCAGCCGAAGACACAGAGAGAGCGAACAUCAUUACAAGCGUGAGAAGGAAGACGGAUUUUCAUCCAUCUACUCAUCCGUGAGGGAUAGGAAUCGAGAGAUCGAUCAAGAUCCGUGGUUGGAAGUUGGCUGUGUAUCACUUGGACCGAUCAUCAUUGAAGCCGCUUCUGCACUUCCUAUUCCUGAGCAUUGUCUGCAUUUGGUGCAGCAUAACUACUUGAAGGUACACGAUGAAAAGACAAAGAGAUUGUGGUUCUUGUGGGGCAUCAACAUGGAGAAUGCGAGGUGUGGCUGCGUUGGAGGCUGUGCUUUCUUCGGAUCUAAUAGAAAUGGUGUUAAUUUCUUCAAACCAACUGCUCAAGAUUUGCACGAUAAUGUCAAUAUUGCACGAUAUCAUAUUAACUCCAAUGCUAAGGAGUAUGGAUUUGGUCAGAGUUUGCUUCACGAGGGACAAUUGGUAUUUCAAACGCCGCCGUAUAGCCUACAACCGGUUACUCUUCAGGAAUGUUACGACUAUGUGACCAGACCCAAUCAUCGCGGCUCUCGUCAUGCAGUGGACACAAAAUCCCCCUUGCCGAUCUCGAAGCAAGAGAGUAUCUACGUAAGCAAGUCAGAUACUUCACCCAACAGUACGCUAAUCAGGCCAGGUGUGGAUUAUCAUGAGAAAACCUUGCCCAAGAUGAAGGAAAAGGGUUCACCAUUGUCAGGAGAACGCAAAGGGAGAAGAUUUUCGUAUACGAACUCACGACAAAACAUUCACGAUGUUCCAUACGCUCGUCUGUUGGACACGCCCUCGAAGAGUGGCCGAUCUCGGGAGCAGUGCGAGAGUCGCUUGUCGCACACCAGUCCAGUUAGGCAGGACUCUAUAUCCCGUCUUUCAGCUGUAACACCGAGAGGUCUUCAAAUCCCACCACCAAAGACCAGCGCUUCGGAUUCGAGGCUCACUGUGGACUACUUUCAACCUGCUGAUGAGCUGGAUUUGUCAAUUGAGAUGUCCUCGUCGGCUCCGCCACCUCAGCAUCCCCUGCAGUCGGAUUCAGAGCAAUCUCUGAGUCCACAUGUGACUUCCGAGGAGGCCAUUAAUCGCGAAGUGCAGAGAACUAUCUCACUGACAUCGGAGAAUCCUUCGGAAGCCUUCUUCUCGGCUGAUGAGGAUAUUCACGCGUCGCGCAGUUCGAGCUUGAAGACGACAGAUAUUGUGAUGCCAGUGCCAAAGAAGAGAUUUGCCUCCGAUCUCAGCAUCGGAGGGCAGAAUGAUCUGGACAAUAAGCUAUCGACACAUCGCAGUGACUAUGAGAUCAAUACGCCUGAGCACAGGAGUUUGCCGAAGAGUUCGCAGAGUACGGCUGAAUUUACCGGGGACGAGAGAAGAAUUCACGGUCUUGCAACACCACUUCGAAAAUUUAGCAAUAUUUCACCAAGACCAGAAUUUCGUCACUUUAAACCAGUGUAUGAUCAUAUGGACUCUCAAGAAUCUUCCAGCGAUUCACCAUCUUUAUCUUCAACAUCCUUUAUCUCAGCUUUGUCGUCACAGGAGGACAUAACACUUGUGAAUUUGCAUAUGCAAGUCAAUCGUCCGAUCGUUGAUUCGCCACUGUUGAUGGCUAGCUAUGUGACUCACUUGGCUCAAGUGAGAUGCAACAACUGGUCGCAUUGCUCACUGCCGUACGGAGCAGAUUCCUUCUCCACGCCGCUGUUCCAGCAAACGGAAGAGGGUGGUUUAGUUUACAUUGGCGGAAGAAUGGUGCCGCACUUUGACACAUGCUCCAAUUGGCGAGAAGUGAGAAUUCUCACAAGAACCGAUCCAUCGUCAACUUCGAGUUUACCAACGAGUUCUGGUUUGCCUAAAUCUCAUCCGUGGGAUCCGUCGAUAAUGAUUAAGAAUGACGAACAGGAGAAGAACAAAGAAAAUGAAGAGAGUGAAUUCAUCAGUCCAAUGGCAGGCGAGACGGCGACACGAAACUCUGUAGUGGUUCGCUUCAAGGGACAAGCAGACGUAAUGGUGACUCCUCUUCUGUUGGAAGGACUCCAGAGGAUGAUUGAGUCUUUGACGCCAACACUUGCCACACUCCACCCGCUGACAAUCAUCAAUUACUUGCAUGGCUCGUGCAUAAGGAAAGUGGAGGCAGCCAACAUACUGAAGCGAGAUCAGUCGCUGAGCUAUUGGUCUCAAGUGCAUUCCAAUUCAAAGAGAUCCACCGCUGAGAGGAAUCUGCAGGGGCCUGGAGGACCAGUUCUCACUGAUGUCUAUGAAGAGAGUAUUUCCACGCAACUGCAAGGAUUGAUCGUUCUGCCCAAGAUCAGUGUGUCCAUGAUACAGAGCUCGGUGGUUGAAGAAGUGAUCUCUUUUGCUGCUCUAGACAAUGUGCAAGAUUUGAGUUGUGCUUCACUGCUGGUUGUGUGUUUCGACAGUAUUUCCACAAGAUUUCACUUUGCCAAGGCGACGAAAGCUUCAAUGCACACAUUUACACAGCCUGCAAUGAGAUCUGGUGGACUGAAGAAGGGCGGAAUUAUUCGUGGGACUACCAGAGCUCUUCUAGCACAUUUAUCGUCGCAAUCUCGUCCGGAUAACGUUCCUGGAGAGCCUGUGUUGAUUGAGACGUCGGAGAAGCAACUGGAGGAACUCGUUGUCACACUAGACAUUGGAAAGGCUCAUGCUCAGUUGAGACGACUGAAGAAUGAGGGCUGCGCUCUACAGGAGGGUCAAACAAUUGUCACAGCUAUUCCUGCUCAUCGCAGUCGAGCCAUGUUUGAGUGUACAAAGUAUCCAGAAGAGCCCUCUUUGGAGCCAUUUGGACUGGGCUUCAUAAUGUUUGAAGGUGGAUUGGAGGGAAUAGGAGUGAAAAUCGUGAAGAGAUCACAAUUUGAGAAGUCGGAAAAUGCCCAGGAUCGACUAAAAGAGCAAUCUGCGGAGCCCGAAGUGAAUGUUGAGGUUCUCGCGUCGGUGAAAAAGUCAAGUCAGCAAACUCCAUCCGCAGCAACUGUUGUGGAUUCUGCACCAAAUACAGGGAAAUUGGGUGAAAACAGAAGUUCAACGGGAAGUCAGAUUAAGAAGCCGCUCACUCCUAAUGUUAAGCCAAGCACGCCGAAGGAGAAGCUCAUGAUCGGAUUGGAUUUCAAUAAGGGUCGCGAUAAGGAGAGUGUGGGCAAAGAUGUGGGGAAGCAACAAGAAUCGACAACGACAGUUGAGGAGGAGCCUUCGAAAGAAGCGGGCAGCAGUAAACCUCAACCGGCCCCAGCGCAAGGCAAUUUGAAUGCGGUGGUGGCGAAGAAGAACGACAAUGGGAAGACAUCGUCGUGCAUAAUUGACUUAAAGACGGUGUGGUUCAAUUUUGCCGCUCCUCCAAGGGUUCCAAUCACACGAAAAAUUGACUACACGCGACUUGAUUGGAAUCUGUUGAGCACAGCUUCGCCGGCAAUCACAGCCUGGAUGAAUCCUAGCAACAGGUUCGCUAUCAAAGUCGUAUCUAUGAUGAGAGCAAUGCAUCAGCGUCGAACAGCAGUGACGGCGAGCUUGAUGGCUGAUGGUUUGGAGGUGCAGGGAAUUCACAGGCCUGUGAAGAGUCGAUAUUCAAGGAAAUUGACUCCACUAUCGAAGACUCUGCAGGAGGAUCCGAGCUGCCAACUUUGUACGAUAAUGCAGAAGUACAUCCUGCAAGAGUCUCUGGAGAAAGUGGAAGGAAAUCUGAAGCAACAAGAUUUGCCACAGUUGAAUGUCUUGCGACAGGGCGUGAUUGUGCUGAGUCGUCAAUGGAAGAACACGCUUUACAAUCCAAUGCUGUUUGAGCAUCAGUACAAGAACAAACUGAUCCAGCCGAUGAAUGUGACAUUCUCCAUGCAGCCACUGGAUGAGGAUUGUGAUGAUGUGGAUGAUUUGGACACUGAAACGUAUACAAUGGGUGUUAUAAAUGACUCGGAAGAAACAGAACGUACAAUGCUUCUGGGUCGAGGUGUGGUUCCUCAUCGCAAUGUUAUCAAGUUGCCCGAUGAUAUGGCAGCUUCUUCGGUGCACAACUCAAAGUUGUCCGAUUCUGUAAAUACAUCGCCGAGUUUGAAGUCAGGAAAGGGAAACCGGAAGAAGUCUCUGAAGACUCAACAAUCCUCCACGAGACAUUCCAGCAUCCAGAUGUUCCCGAUUAUAUCAGGAUUCGUGGAGAAGCAGGAGCCUCAGAUUGAGUACGGUACCCUGAGGGAUGGAUCUUUGCCUUCAAUUUGCAGUUCUUCGGAUUCUUUGGAGAAGGCUUGGAGUCCACCGCCGAAUCAUAAGGAGGACUUGUACUCCUGGAUGGCGAAGCAGCAGCAUGAGAGUGAGAAGAAUGAGUCAAAUGAGAAGGAUCAAGAUCGACCGUCGACUCCUGUUCGACCAGUCGUGGUUCAAUCAAAUAACGGUUACGUUCAGGAUUCUGUACGUUUACUGGAUGCUCAUCUGAUCUUUGAGCCACUGUUGUCAUGCUUGGGUGUGAUGCCACAGCAAAUGGUGAACAAUAUUGCCAAUCCCGAUGUAUCAUUGGAUAGUUUGGGAACAAAUCUGUCUCUGGUGGGAUCGUUUGACACGCUGCGGAUCGACAUUGUGGUUUCUGAGGCUGGGGAUAAGAAGCCAAAAGCUAAAAUUGGCAAGAAAUCUAAUGGAAAAUUCGUUCUCACGAUGCCACCGGAAACACCGGCAUUUCUGUGCGAACGCGUUGGAGUUGAUAUUGAAGUGCGAAAGAUGACAGAUGGCUUUCCGGAUGAUGCUAAUCCAAACAUUCUUUAUCUCUCACGAGGCCAAUUGAAGAAGCACACGAGUACAGUGAUCAAUUUCAGCCUCAAUGUUCGUUACAUUUCACAGCAAGUCAAUAUGCCGUUGCUUCGGCUGCUGCAUCAAAUCACCAAUAUGUACCAGAAUGUUAAAGAGGCGCAGAACGAGCUGCGUGAGCAACCAGAAACCGGAAAAAGAAGUGUUCCUAUAAAGGAUGAAUCGAGUUUGGCAUCAGAAAUCAAUGAUCCCACACUUUUGGGCUCUAUCCAUGAACCCAUAUCGCGAUUGGAUAGCAGCAUGUUGGAUGAGCAUUAUGACAAAUUCAACGAAUCAUAUCCAAUUGGGCACUCUAUAAGCAGAACGAGACUUCCUUCUCUCGGGCCAUUGAUUCCUCUAACACCGUCUCCAAGUGCUCGCAAUCGACCGCAGAGCUUUGCGCAAAAACUGAGAUCAACGAGCAAGAGUGUGAAGGGAAAGCUGGGCUACAUAAAUUUGACUGAGACGGUGUCUACGCCAAUUAAGACGAGUCCCACGACAUCGACCUUUGAACAAUCGUAUCCUGUUAUUCAGAAGAAUCCUGUUGAGUCCAAAUACUCUCUUGCGGGAGCGACAUCGAGCACUUAUGGCGGUCCUUUAGUGAAUGAAGCUUUUGUAGACUAUACAGCUCCGUUUGGACGAGCAUCAUUUGAGGGAGUGCCUAAUGGAGCAAAUGGCCACAUUAUAGUAACGCCAAAGUGCUGGAAGACGAUUUAUCACCUACUGGAUUUGUACGCAACGAUGCCAGAAACUAAGACUGUCUGUCAUAGGGUGUCUGUAUCUCCGGAUGCGAUUGAUCACUUAAAGUCAAUUCGUCGCAGCAAUAUUCCAGCAGAGAGGAAGAACAGUCAACGAGGCGAGACGGAGGAUGCCGAUGGCAGUGGAACUCCCGUUCCUCCAGCCCCUGAAGUGGUGCCUAACGAGAGAACUCGGUUAGUUGUGUUUGGUGUGGCGAAGAUUCAUCGAACGCGACUGCUCGCCACGCUCAGUGGUCUGAAGUUGGAGGCUGAGAUCACAGGACUUCAGAGCAGUGCCACAUGGAGGAAGAAAUCCCGACCAGCCACUUUGGAGUGUUCUCUAACAGGACACAUUGGACGGGCGAUGAUUGUUCUCCUCGAGGGCGUGGCGCCCAGUCAACAAACCGUCGUAAAAGUGACUGUUGGAAAGAGCCAAACUCUGUACUCGAGUGUCUCCAGAAGGGGAAAGGACAAAAACAGUGGGCUACUGUCUAUUGGUCCGGUGAAUAUUGAUAUUCCACAGCAUCCCGUGGCUUUGCACGGAAUGAUGACACGAAGCUCGAAGCAAUUGUCCUCGACAUUGCAAGAAUUGAGAGUGACAAGAUCGUCAGCGAGACUCUCUCGGCAGAACGAUGAGCCCGAUUCACCGCUUCAUGUGAAGGAUGCUAAAGAGAAGCAGGCAAAGAAGCCAAUGACGAGCUCCAAAGCUGCAGCUAAUGCUCGAAGUGCUCUAAUUCAGCCACUUGUAAUGCAGUUCAAUGUGAUCUUGCAGAGUUUGUCUGUGACAGCGGCUCUCUUGCCAUCUCUGCAGGCUCAGUACAAAAUGGAUCAUGUCUUGUCGACUGGUGUGACUGGAAGUAAGGCAAAGUUCACGAUUGAUUUGCCCAGCCAUUCGCUCAGUUUUGCCACGAAAAUUCACGCCAGUGAAGCAAACUUGCCAUCAGAAGCAUCCAUUGCACUGCCACCUGUUCACGUAAGCGCUGAAUAUGUUCCGGAGAAUGCGCCCCAGGAUGUACCAAUCGAUGGAGUUGUACUGCGACAGGGCGGAUAUGUUUCAGCAUCUGCGGAAAUUGGUGUAUUUGAGCGAUGUUUGACGACGGAUCUGCUGAAUCAUCUUGUUUUCGUCCAGAAAGUGUUCAUGAAGGAAGUGAAUGAGGUUGUCCAGAAGGUUUACGGUGGCGAGAAGCCAGUUCCUCUAUGGCUGGAAGAGAGUGAAGACAAUGGAUCGUCGCUGAAACGCAUCCUUUUCUCUCUCAAUAUCAAAGUGAAGCAAAUUCAAUUGACGGCAACAACACCUUGCAACUCGGCUGUACGUUUUGAAACUGGUCAAUUGGAGCUACAUCUGUCGAACCGCGUGAAAAAUCUCGCUGAAGGAUCCAGCACGAAGCUUUUUGGCAAGGCUCAGAUUGAUCUGAAUCUGUCCUUGGGUCAGAUCAUCAAGAAUGUGAUCUUUGAUGAGGCGGAACCAGAAUUUCAACAAUAUGCAUUCUUCAAUACAACGAUUGGAUUGAGAAAUGCCUUUCAGGAUGAAAUGCUGAAUGAUGACAAGGAAUUGGUGUUAAUUACACUGAAGCGUCCUCUAAUCUAUAUUCAGCCAGUUGCUGUGGACAAGGCGAUUCUUGUGUGGCUCAACUACAAGAAUGCUUAUGAGUAUUGGGCGGAGAAGAGAGCUAAUCUGAACAAAGAAGUGCUGACAGCCACACAGCAAGUGUUUGAGAAAGUGCCAUUCGGGCAAUUGAGUCAUCAUCUAAGCACACCGAACUUAUCUACGCUGUUCCUACAGCUCACAGUUGAGGACAUGGGCAUUUGUCUGCCCUUGAAUCCUCUGCCACCGACUAACUGGGGACAGAGAUCUAUCCAGGACUUUGAGUCCCAUGGCGCAGUGGUGAUCACACUGGAAAACACCAUAAUAUCAGCCUGCAAUUCCGGCUCUCUAGUGUCAAAGGGCCGCUUUGUUGGACUCUGUCUUCGCUUUGCUGAUGAUUUCGAGACGUCAUUGGACGAUUGGAAGCCUAAUAUGAAUGAUGCCAGUAUAAUGAACCUCUGUGUCGUGUCUGAGGGCACUUAUGAGGUCUGUUCCCGGACAAUUGCAGCUAAACAGUACCUUGAGAAUGCAAAGUGGAUUCUUAAUGUAACCUGGCAAAUGGAAGGCGUGGAUAUUCACUUGGACACAAAUAUUGGGAAGCAACUGUCUGCCUUGGGACACACCUUGACGAUGCUCACGGGAUUCGAAGAAGACGAUCCGAUAACUGUUGAGAGUGCUGACAGCGAUGAGGGUGAUCAGACGGAGGACAAGUUUGAAGAGGAUUCGACGAAGAUCAAGAGAAGCAUAAUGGAAUCACUGCCAGCAUUCGUGUUCGAUCCCGCAAUUGACACCAAGAAGCGAUCAAUGAUGAUGGAGAAGGAGAUGAAUGAGCAAUUCAAGAUCAUCAGUGACCUUCGCACCCUCGGCGCAUCGUAUAAGACCAUCGCUCACGAGGAGAGACGUCUGCAGGAACUCCAAGCGCUGUGCUACAAGUAUUUCAGACGCGAUAUGAUACAGAAAUGGAAACGUCCGUCGAUGCGUCGAUCAAUGCUGAAGGCGGCCAAUCGAUCGCGGUCCUUUGUCAUCCAAUCGCCUACGCAUGAAGAUCUGCUGGAGUGUGGUGAGGCUGGAGCGCUUGAGAAGGUGAGCAUACACGAAGCAGAUGGCGGAAGUCUUCAGAGUUCUCCACACUCGGGACCGUCGAGAAGUGCUUCGCUGAAGAUGCGAAUCCCCACGGGACCUCGAGUGACUUUCACAGACACGAUGCGUCAGUCAUCACUGCCCAGUGCGGAUUCUGAGAUGGGAUUUCACGAUGGUGGUGGAAUUGAGUGGCCAUCGUACGAUAGUUCGAUGCAAGAAAUUCCACACAUGCUGGACAUCGAUGGUGAGCAGGUGGAGCUGAGGAAGAAGAGUCCCAGUCACCCGAUAAAGCAGCAAGAGCCAAAUGUGGACUUUGAGUUGGAUAUCAAAGUGUUGGUGAACUCGGGCAAAUGUGUAUUGUACACAAAGGAGCCGGACGAACGGAUGACCAGCACGCUGCUCAGCGGAGCGGCACGGCAUCACAAGAGAGAGAGGAGUACUGGAACGGACUGGGGAAGUCCUGUGCCGUCGCGGCGAAACAAGGAGAAGGCGCGAUUGCGAUACAAUGCAAAUCACUCUCUUCUCACUGAACUGACUAUCUUUCACAUUCCGGGGCUCGAUGUGAAGCUUCACUAUCAAUCGAAAACCAUUCCGGACGACUCCUCGCCGAGACUGAGUACAUCUGAAUCUUUCGGCGGAGGUCGCAGGUUGGGCUCCAAGCGAGCAUCCUUGUUUGCGUGGAUGACGCUGCAGAGCAUCCCGGAGGAGACUAUCAUAUCGCCACAUAUCCUGGAGUUUCUGGAGCAGACUCUUGAGCCAAUUCCCAAAGCUUCACUCGCGGCGCCAUCGAAUCCAGUCAAUAUUGAUCUGCUGCAGGGAAAUUAUGUGGCUUAUGCCUCGUUUCCGGUGGACGUGAUUGUGUACUUCCACAUGCAGCCAUCGACGUUCAGGUUCUCAUGUCUGCCUGUGUCCAGAGUUGAGUGUAUGCUUCAGCUGCCGAGCCUCGAUAUUGUGUUCAGUUCCAAGAGGCAGGAGAGUGGGUCUGAGCAUGAGACCAAGGCAAGUUCCGGCGGAGGACUCAGUGUCACUGGAUGCCUGGCAGACUUCAACGUGUACAUCUUCCAUCCGUACGGUGGCAAGAAGAGUGGCAUCAAAGAGGCUCAAUUUUCACCGUUGGCCGACAGUGAGCGCAAAGAUUCACUGAGCAUCAAUGUGGAAUUUGUGAAGUUUCACCUCACACGCUCUCGAACGGUGAACUUUGAGUCGCUGAGUAUGAAGAAAUCCGAUCAAAGGGCUAUAAUAAGAUUCUCGACAAUUGUGGAUAUUGGCAGUGCAUCUUUUAAGUACGACAUGAGGCGUCUCACGGAGAUUUUGGCCUUCCCGAAGGCUUGGUAUAGGCAUAGCAUAGUCCGAAGACUAUUCCUUGGAGAUCUGAGUGUGCAGCAAACGAGCACUGGUGAUCUGGACUUCACGCCGUCAGAUGAGGGCAAGGGAUAUACUAAGAGCGUUGGCGGUUCGUCGUCAGAGAGGAGUCCUUUGCUGAAAGAGAAGUUGCGCCUCAAUUUCGAGAGUGAAGUGACGAAGACCAAACUGAAAGAUAUGGACAAAUCCUCCAGCUUGGACUCUAAUACAUCCCCAUCGGAACCUAAUCAGGUCACCGCCUGGGAGACUCUGGUGCUGUUUGCUGUGAACUUCAAGAAGCUGAACGUGCAGAUGAACAUGGGAAAUGUGAUGGGGAAUGUUGUGUGGCUGACGAAGGCCUUCAGGAGCGAUGGUCGACUGAGCAUUGGAAGUACAGGUCAUAAGAACAUGUACAUUGGAAUAGGCUUGGGCAGUUCAACGCUGGACGCGAAGGGUGGAAUUGUGGGUGGCACAAUUGAGUUGAGCAAGAUUGAUACUAAUAUGCGUGUGCAAGAGGAGCCAGGAUGCCAGCCGCAUCACAUGAUGAGCAUCAAACUGUUGGCUCUGGAGCUGAGGCUUGACUACAUGGGAACGAGUGUGCUGAUGACGCGGAUAAGUUCCCUGAAUGCAGCUAUGAAAGAUAAGUGGGAGAACUCUAGGGAGUCUACAUCGGAUGGCAGCAAGAGACCAUCUGUAAUACUCAUUCAUGGUGACUUGAGUUGGGAUCAACUGCAGGUGCUAAUAUCCAAAUCAACGACAGCUGAUCUGCUCAAGAUGUUCUACAAACUCGAGGAGUUCUUCUCGCAGCAGUUUAAGUCCUCGAAGAGGGUGUUCUCAUCGCUGGAGCCAAGAUUCUCCGGGACUGGCAAGGGGAGCAGCUUUAAGAGGCUGCAAAUGCAGCGGAAGCGCACUAUUUCAGUGAGCGAUAGUGGAAUUGUCACACAGAAGGAAUACAGCAUUCAGGAUGCUCGGCAUCAUCGGCAUUGGCAGAAGCCAUUGAAGCAAAUCCUGGGCUUCUGCCUGCCUUCAUUCGGGGGCGAAUCAGCAUCGAUGACGGGAACAGUUCUUGGUGGAACGAUGGAAUUGCAUGGAAACAACAUAUCGCUUGCCUGCUUCCAUGGCAUCAAUUUCAAGUCCAAGUCAUGGGCAUUGUUCAGCUUAAGGGAUCCGUCAAUCAAUUUUGCCACAGAGGCGCAGCAAAUAGACAACAGCGAAGAUGUGCGCAUCAAUCAGACGUUGAUCUUCAGUUUGGGGAUGAAUGCCAAAGCUCAGCCGCAAAACCACUCGAUGGCCACUGUUUGUCGCAUGACGCGGAACAUCAUUUUCCCGCCGCAGUUCAAGACACUUCAUGAGUGGUUCCAUUACGCAUUUGCCAACAGUGAGAUUGAUUCUGUGGAUCGGUUUCCAGUAUUGGAGCGUGAGAAGCCUGAGCCAAAUACGAAUUCAAUUGAGAAGGUGCGUUCGGGAAGUGGUGCAGGAGGAUCACAGCCAAAAUUGCAGGAUCCCAAUCACAAUCGCGAAGUGAUCUUUGCCCUGCCGAGUCUCAGGUUGCAGUUCAACACUGUGCAUCAUCAGGGCGCGGCCACACCAGAGUUCAGCCACGAGGAGAAGCCAGUGGUGGAGUGCAGUUUUAUUACGGAGUUCGAGGAUCACAUCUUUGUCACUGUCGAUGCUGAUGCAUUUUUCUUCUUGCACGAUCUCAUUACGUCGUAUCUCAAGGAAAAAGAGAAAGUAUUGGCGGCAGCAGGCUAUACUAGAUCAGCUUCGCCAAAUAUCUCUGCUGCUAAUACUGGCUCUUCGGUUCAAACAACGACUUCGGCAGACAAUGCAAAACUCCCGGACAAGGAGACUCAAAUGCCAAAUGGAACAGAUGCGGUGUCAGGAUCAGCGACUGCCACUCCUCAGUCCUCGACAUUGUCUGUGAGUGAGGACAAGACGCUGAAAAUGGACAAGAUGGAUAUGGAGGCUUUCCUGAAGGAUUGGCGCGAGUUUGUGUGUCGCACGUGGCAUCUGGAGCCAACAGUUCGUCUGCUCUCGUGGGCGGGAAAGUCCAUUGAGCCCUAUGGCAUCGACUAUAUCCUCAACAAGUUGGGCUUCAGUCAUGCGCGCACUACAAUCCCCAAGUGGUUGCAGCGCGGCUUCAUGGAUCCUCUGGAUAAGCUUCAAGCGCUCUUGAUGCUGCAACUUCUUUCCAUGGUCAAGGAGAAUCGCGUUCAGAAUAGCUAAGCCGUGAGUGGGGCAUCUCUUUAUAUUAUCUCUCUGACCCAAUCAUACCAAAGAUUUACUCUUCACCGCAGUAGAGUAGGGUGGUAGUCUUUAGAGACUAUACAUAGGCAAAGUAUAGUGAUUUUAGUGAUGGUACACAAUAAAGGGAAUAUUAAAUGAAAUAAAACAAUAAUAA